GCUGGCGUCAUACAGAGGAUCAUCAGAGAACCAGAAGUUUCCUGGAAGGUGAAGAGAAACAAGCAAGUAUGAGCCUGAUAAGAAGCGAUAGCUUGAAAGGUUCAUACAUCUAUCCCAGGAUGGGUACUCUGGAGCAACCACGGACGUUUCGAAAUCAGGAUUUUGAAGUGUUAAGAGAGUGGCACCUGAAGAAGGGGAUCCUGUUUUCAGAUGAAUCUUUCCCACCAAACAUAAACAGUAUUGGUUUGCGCCUGAAGAAUGAGUUCAACACUCACAAAAUAGAAUGGAAAAGACCAAAGGAAAUAUGUCAGGAGCCGCACUUCAUUGUGAAUGGGACCAGUUUAUUUGACAUUUGGCAAAGUAGGCUCGGUGAUUGCUGGGUAUUAUCCGCUAUUGGAUCCAUCACCUUGAAACCUGGACUAAUGGGAAACAUCAUGCCACCAGAUCAGGGAUACACAAGAUCCUAUGCUGGAAUCUUCCAUUUUAGGCUAUGGCACCUUGGCGAGUGGGUCGACAUUGUGAUAGAUGACAGGCUGCCAUUCCUAAAUGGAAAGUAUUUGUCCGUGCAGCCAUCCUGCGAAAAUGAAUUCUGGCCUUGCCUUCUGGAGAAAGCGUAUGCAAAAUUUCUUGGUUCAUAUCAAAAUUUACACUGGGGAGAUCCUGCCGAUGCCUUCACAAACCUGACCGGUGGGCUGACCAUGACAUUUGAUUUAAGGGGCACCAAGGCCCAUCAUUAUUGGAACAUGAUUCAACUUGCAAGUCCGGACACAUUGAUGGCCUGUAUCAGCGAUAAGCAGGAUCCUACAUCCAAGAUUCAAAAUUUAAAGCCGAGGUUCUACGCAGGCAACCGGAGGGGCAGUGUCCUCGACAGCAAACUGGCAGAAAAUCCUCUCCUGGAGAACGGCCUCGUGGAACGUCAUGCCUAUUCUAUAACAGACUAUGCCAUGGUUCCCUUUAGAGAUACCAUUGUGAAGCUCAUUCGAGUAUGGAAUCCCUGGGGGUAUGGAGAAUGGAAGGGGGACUGGAAUGACAGGUGCCCCUUAUGGAAGGAACUCAGCGAGAAGGAUAGACUGAGGCUGCUGAGGAUCGGUGAAGAUGGAGAGUUUUGGAUGUGCUGGGAGGAUUUCAUUCAAGAAUUUUCCAGACUUAUUAUCUGCAGUCAAGUUCCUGAUUUUUUAGACUGGGGAGAUCAACCCAAGAAAUGGUACAAAAAAAUGUUCCAAAGUCGAUGGACAAAAGAUAGCAUGACUUGGAAUACAAUAGAUACAGAUUUCUUGAACAGCAAUCCUCUGUACAACAUAAAGGUGACCGGAUCAGACAAAGUCAAGAGUGGAGAAAAUGUGGUCAUAUCUGUCAUGCAAAAUAGCCGGAAUCGGCAGAAGGCUGGUGAUUGGCUGCCGAUCGGCUUCUUGCUGUUUCAGCUCCCAGACUCUGAAGACAAACCUCUGAAUUCAGUCUUUACUCUGGAGCAAAUAUCCUCAAUAACUUCCUUCAAGAAGCACUAUGUCGUCAAAGCGUUCAACCUGGCGCCAGGGAGAUAUGGCAUCAUCCCUUACACCACACAGAAGGAGCACGAGUCUUCAUUCCUCUUUCAGGUUUUCCUGAAGAGUGACGACUGCACUGAUGAUAUGGGUUCUCAACAGAGUCUUAAGGGAUUGGAAGUGCCUACACAUGAAACUAUCUUCAAAAAUUAUGCCACCAAGGGAUCCAAAUUAUACUCCUGGGAUUUAAAACGACUUCUGAAUGACAUUGUUAGAAAAGAAUAUCCGUAUCCAUAUGGAGCAAAAUUUACCAUUGAUGGUAGCCGGGAAAUACUGACAUCAUUAGAUAUUUCCAGGAAAGGAAAACUUGAUGCAAGAACAUUUGCUAACUUAUGGACACUCAUCACCCAAUAUAAGGAUCUUUUUUCUAUAAUGGACACCAAUCACUGUGGAUUCCUCCGUUUGACCGAACUCCUCACAAUAACACAGAAAGCAGGGUUCAAUGUCCACAAUGAUCUCCUACAACAGCUUUUUGCUCGAUAUUCAGACGCCGAAGGGAAAUUGAGCUUUAUCGACUACCUGAUCUGUAUGAUGCGACUGAAGGGCGCUCUGAAAACUUUUGACACGCUGUCCACUGAUGGUAAAGGAGCGUACAUUCAUUUCGAGAAGUGGAUGCAGUUAAUGAUGUAGAACUUCUGCCUUGUGCAUUUAUGCUGAAUGCAUGAAUAAGGUUUUCUUCAUAAAAAAAGUAAAACCACACCAGAAACUGACCAUCGCUGGCCAGAAGUUCAAGAACCAUCAAUGUUCUGGAUUACUGGACUUCCUGUUAUAUCUGUUACUUUGUAUCGUGUCAUAGGAUUCAUAAAAAAAAAUCCUAUCUUGGACUUUUCAUGUCAUCUGUGCAAUGACAUCUUGCAUAGAAUUUUUUUUUUUGAUUGAUUAAGACCCUCCUUAAUCUGGUCUCAGACAUAUGAGUUAAUUCAGCUGCCUCAUGGAUGACCGCUGUUUGGGCCACCAGUACCAACAACUACAUAGGGGACUGUUAAUGUUCCUUGAAGUCACAGACAUUGGUCUUCAUGAACACGACUUUCAUCGCUGGUGUUCCUUGACCUGCAGAACAGUAAAGACUUGUUGUCCCAGCCAGCUAGGUCAAAAGGACAAACGAGCAACAAAUAAAAUUAGCUGAUCAUUGGAAAUGGCUGAAAUCUGUGAUUAAGGAACAGUUUUGGUUUAUGCCAACAUGUGAUAAAGAGGUCCUAAUCUAUGGCCAUAGCGUGCAUCCAAGGAAUUUAUGUAAGUUCUUACUUCUAUGACAUGGUUGCUUAGUUCAGUAUCUCAUGGGUCUUCUUAUCAUGGGUGGUCCUUGGCUUGCAGAUUCUGCAAGUUUAGAAAAUCAGGGAAUGUGCAACCACCGUUUAUUCACGCAGAUGAGCAAGUCUGGGCCCUUCUGUUGAAGGAGGUGGUUCCAUAAAAGAGUCCAUGUAAAGGGCUUUAUCGGUUUGCACAUUCAUGUAGAAUUGUAUGGGCGUCUUGUAUAUAUUGUGCUGUAUACUGGACACAUCGGGUGUAUCACUAAGAUACAGUAUAAUGAAUUAGUAUGUAAGUAAACUGAUUGUUGCUAAAAUGUGAUUGUCUCUUGUGUCUG